AUGGGACUUGAUUUCAAUCGUGGAGGAAGCGGAGGAUUCCGAGGCGGACGCGGUGGCGGUGAUCGCGGUGGAAGAGGUGGAUUUGGCGGCGGUGGUCGUGGCGGAUUUGGCGGAGGAGAUCGCGGAGGAUUCAGAGGAGGAGAUCGUGGGGGCUUCAGAGGAGGACGGAGCGGUGGAGACCGUGGUGGAUUCCGUGGAGGAAGAGGUGGCGGAGACCGUGGUGGUUUCGGUGGUCGUGGAUCUCCAAGAGGAGGAUUCGGUGGACGUGGAUCACCAAGAGGCGGAAGAGGAUCCCCACGUGGUGGACGCGGUGGGGCCGGUGGAAUGCGCGGAGGAAAGACUGUUGUUGUCGAGCCACAUCGUCUUGGAGGAGUCUUCAUCGUGAAAGGAAAGGAGGAUGCCCUCGCUACCAAGAAUAUGGUGGUGGGAGAGUCCGUCUAUGGAGAGAAGAGAGUUUCUGUUGAUGAUGGAGCUGGUUCGAUCGAAUACCGUGUGUGGAACCCAUUCCGUUCUAAGCUUGCUGCUUCCAUCAUGGGAGGACUUGAGAACACUCACAUCAAACCAGGAACAAAGCUUCUUUAUCUUGGAGCCGCUUCUGGAACCACUGUUUCUCACUGCUCUGACGUCGUUGGACCAGAAGGAAUCGUCUAUGCUGUCGAAUUCUCGCACAGAUCUGGACGUGAUCUUUUGGGAGUUGCCAAGAAGAGACCAAAUGUUGUCCCGAUCGUUGAAGAUGCCAGACAUCCACACAAGUACCGCAUGCUUGUUGGAAUGGUCGAUGUCAUCUUCUCUGAUGUUGCCCAGCCAGAUCAAGCUCGUAUUGUUGCUCUCAACGCGCAGAACUUCCUCCGCAACGGUGGACACGCAGUCAUUUCUAUCAAGGCUAACUGUAUCGACAGUACCGCUGAACCAGAGGCUGUUUUCGCCGGAGAAGUCAACAAGCUGAAGGAGGAGAAGUUCAAGCCACUCGAGCAGGUUACUCUUGAGCCAUAUGAGAGAGACCACGCUGUUGUGGUCGCCACGUACCGCCCAGUUAAGGGAAAGAAGGUCUGA